AUCGAACAAAACAUUAAUUAUUAUUCAAGUUCCAAACUAUGAAUCCAGACAGUUGUGCAUCCGUGGAUUUGGAAUACGUGCAUGUGGAGGAUGAAAAUCCGAAUGAGAAUGAGCCGGCACGUUUGAGAGCUGGAUUCGAGUGGGCUGCUGAACCGGAUGAGAUUCUCAUUGCAGGUGUUCCCACCAAGUUCAUUAUGUUUGGUUUGUCGUGUUUCCUUGUAAUUCUAACACUCAGUCUAUGGAUUGCCAGCACCCAUUAUUCUUACUUUAUCUGGCUCGUGUUUGCCACGUUGUACAUGGGUCUUAUCGUGUUCCUUCCCGAAUAUUUCUCGAAUAUAAUCAGUUUUGCUCUGAACUUUAUUUACUGGAUCGCUUACUGUAUUUUCACUUUUAUUGGAAUUAUUCUUGAUGUUGUUAGGAGAGGGGACAGUUGUAGUUCCGGUAUGAGCAAGGAAGUUUGUGAUGCUAAUCGUCACGGAUACAUGUUGGCUAUAUGCUUCGGAUGUGCUGAUCUGCUAAUUGCUGGAGUUAUCAUGAUUCUGAUGUUCCGCAUGCUCAAUUACUAUUACAUCAAUCGCUAGAAGAGUACUAUCAUGAAACGUUUUAUCAGCAUGCAAUAAAUAUUGUAUCAU